AUGCAUAAUCCUGAAGACAUCUACUGUAGGAAACUCGUUGAAUUUCUUUGCCUGAUGAUUGCUGCUAGAUUCAGUUUUCUGCUUCUCCUCGGCAUUAUCAUCUUUACACAGGCAUUAAAUACAGGACAUUUAGUUGAGGUUCCUACAAUUUCGGGUUGCAUGGCCAGAUAUAAUCUCCUCCUGCAACUGGGAAGAUGCCAGCAUAGUUCUACAACUUGGAUUCCUGGGCAUCGUGUUGCUCCACUGCGUAAGAAACUGUACAGAAUCACUUUGCAGAGGCCGAAACAAGGUGAAGAAUGUAGAAAAAAAUCCCACAGGUCUGAGAUCAGGCCUCUCUUACAAACUCAGCAUAAUUUGUUCCCUUGUGGUGCUGUGUACUCAUUGUGUGAUACUGCUGAUUUUGCUGAUUUUGGAAAGAUUUUAAAUAGAAAAUAUAACAAGUUCCCAUGGAUCUUGAGAAUCUGGUGGACAUCCAGCUUCUUGUUAUCUCUGGUUCGAGCUAUGAUUGAUGUCCAUCACGCAAUAACGUAUCAUGACAACCUGGGGGUGCAAGAAUAUGCAGAUAUAGUCAGUUUUCUCGCUUCUAUCUGUCUACUAGGUGUAUCAAUCAACGGAAGCACAGGCAUAGCUCCAAGCAUCUCAAACAGCACCACAGAACCCCUUCUCAAUGGGAGAACUGAAAAACAUUCAGAAGUAAAAAGAGACUGUCCUUAUGGGAAAGCUACUCUGGUUCAACUUGUUACCUUUUCUUGGCUUAAUUCACUAUUUGAGACAGGGAUUAAGAAGCCUCUUGACCAGGAUGAAGUCCCAGAUAUUGAUAUCAAGGACUCCGCGAGUUUCCUAUCCCUGUACUUCGACGAGUGCCUCAAGCACACAAAAGAAAAAGAUGGAACAACAAGAUCAUCUAUCUAUAGGGCAAUUUACAUAUUUGGAAGAAAAAAGGCAGCCAUCAAUGCACUUUUUGCAGUUACAAAUGCAGGAACAUCGUAUGUAGGACCAUAUCUAAUUAAUUACUUUGUGGAUUUCCUAACCGAAAAGAAAUUCAGGAGCCUGGGUUUUGGCUACCUUCUAGCACUAGGCUUCCUUGGGGCAAAACUAAUCGAGACAACAGCACAGAGGCAGUGGAUUUUCGGAGCACGCCAGCUAGGACUCAGACUUCGAGCUGCUUUGAUAUCACACAUAUACAAAAAGGGCCUGAUCCUGUCAAGCCAAUCACGCCAGAGCUGCAACACUGGAGAGAUCAUCAACUAUAUGAGUGUGGAUGUCCAAAGAAUCACGGACUUCAUAUGGUAUUUGAACAUAAUUUGGAUGUUGCCAGUACAAAUCUCCCUAGCAAUCUAUGUUUUACACAUAAAUCUAGGAAUGGGAGCUCUAAUAGCAUUAGCUGCAACUUUAACAGUGAUGGCUGUAAACAUACCAUUGACAAGGAUUCAGAAAAGAUUUCAGACAAAAAUUAUGGAGGCCAAGGAUGACAGAAUGAAAACCACAUCAGAAGUUCUUCGAAACAUGAAGACACUCAAACUUCAAGCAUGGGAUACUCAUUACCUUAAAAAUCUAGAAAGCCUAAGGAGAACAGAGCAUAAUUGGUUAUGGAAAUCACUUAGAUUACAAGCAUUAACAACAUUCAUCUUCUGGGGCUCACCAACUUUUAUAUCCGUGAUUACUUUUGGUGGGUGUGUUUUGAUGGAGAUUCCUCUCACUGCUGGAAGAGUCCUAUCAGCAUUGGCUACAUUCCGGAUGCUUCAAGAUCCUAUAUUCAAUCUACCAGAUUUACUCAAUACAAUUGCACAAGCGAAAGUUUCGGCUGAUAGAAUUUCUUCUUAUCUCCAGGAAGAUGAGAUCAAUUCAGAUGCAGUUGAAUUUGUUCCUAGAGAUCUGACAGAAUUUGAGAUUGAGAUUGAUGGUGGUAAAUUCAGCUGGGACAUGGAAUCAAGAUGUCCGACACUUGAUGAGAUACGGCUUGUAGUUAAAAGGGGAAUGAAGGUGGCGAUAUGUGGUCCUGUUGGAUCUGGGAAGUCCAGUUUACUCUCAUGCAUACUUGGAGAGAUGCAGAGACUGUCUGGUAUCAUGAAGAUUAGUGGUUCCAAGGCCUAUGUUCCACAGUCCCCAUGGAUACUGACGGGAAAUAUCAGAGAGAAUAUACUCUUUGGCAAGCCAUAUGAUAGUGCCAAGUAUGAUAGAACAGUUGAAGCCUGUGCUUUGAAGAAGGAUUUUGAGCUAUUCGCUGCAGGAGACUUGACUGAAAUAGGAGAAAGAGGAAUAAAUAUGAGUGGUGGCCAGAAGCAAAGAAUACAAAUUGCCCGUGCCGUAUACCAGGAUGCCGACAUAUAUCUACUUGAUGACCCUUUCAGCGCCGUGGAUGCUCAUACUGGCACACAACUCUUUCAGGACUGCUUGAUGGGAAUUCUCAAGGACAAAACAAUACUUUAUGUUACACACCAAGUUGAAUUUCUUCCUGCAGCAGACCUCAUUAUGGUGAUGCAAAAUGGAAGAAUUUCACAAGCUGGUACAUUUGAAGAACUUUUGAAACAAAAUAUUGGAUUUGAAGUUCUAGUUGGAGCUCACUGCCAAGCUCUAGAGUCAGUCUCAACAGUUGAAAGCACAAGUAGAACAUCUGAAUAUCCAGCAAUUGAAAAUGAAACAGACACAGACAACACUAUAAAUGAAGAAUUUCCACACACUAAGCAAGACUCAGAGCAUAACUUAUGUGUCGAGAUGAAAGAAAAAGGAAGGUUGGUACAGGAUGAAGAAAGAGAGAAAGGAAGCAUUGGAAAAGACGUUUACUUGUCUUACUUGACCACCGUGAAAGGAGGUGUCUUAGUUCCAAUUAUUCUUCUUGCGCAAUCAUCAUUUCAAGUGUUACAGAUAGCCAGCAACUACUGGAUGGCAUGGGCUUGUCCGACAGGCGCAGUUGAGCCCAAACUUGGGAUACAUUUCAUAUUACUUGUAUAUACACUUCUUGCUGUCGGAAGUUCACUUUGUGUGUUGAUCCGAGCCUCUUUAGUGGCCAUUGUGGGGUUGCUUACAGCAGAAAAGCUCUUCAGCAAAAUGCUGCACAGUGUUCUCCGUGCUCCAAUGUCGUUCUUUGACUCCACCCCGGCAGGAAGAAUCUUAAAUCGGGCAUCUACAGACCAAAGCGUCCUAGAUUUGGAGAUGGCAAACAAAUUGGGUUGGUGUGCUUUCUCAGUAAUCCAGCUUCUUGGGACUAUAGCAGUCAUGUCACAAGUUGCAUGGGAAGUAUUUGUCAUCUUCAUUCCGGUGACAGCCAUUUGCAUCUGGUACCAGCAAUAUUACAUACCAACUGCAAGAGAACUGGCGCGUCUAGCGGGGAUACAACGAGCUCCAAUCCUUCACCAUUUUGCAGAAUCACUUGCAGGAGCAGCAACAAUUCGUGCUUUUGAGCAACAAGAACGCUUCACUGAUGCAAAUCUCUGCCUCAUCGAUAACCAUUCAAGGCCAUGGUUUCAUAAUGUCUCAGCAAUGGAGUGGCUUUCUUUCAGACUGAAUCAGUUGUCCAAUUUUGUGUUUGCAUUCUCGCUGGUUUUGCUAGUGACACUUCCUGAAGGGAUCAUAAAUCCUAGCAUUGCAGGGCUAGCAGUCACUUAUGGAAUAAAUUUGAAUGUUCUGCAAGCUUCAGUUAUAUGGAACAUAUGCAAUGCAGAAAAUAAAAUGAUAUCAGUUGAAAGAAUUCUUCAGUACUCAAAUCUUGCAAGUGAAGCCCCUCUUGUGAUUGAUGAUUGUAGGCCUCCGGACAACUGGCCAGAUAUUGGAAAAAUUUGUUUCACAAAUUUGCAGAUUCGCUAUGCUGAACAUCUUCCAUCUGUUUUGAAAAGUAUUACCUGCACAUUUCCUGGGGGGAAGAAAAUUGGCGUUGUUGGAAGGACGGGGAGCGGAAAGUCGACACUCAUACAGGCAAUCUUUCGAACAGUAGAACCCAGAGAGGGAAGAAUUGUCAUUGAUGAUGUCAAUAUAUCCAAGAUAGGGCUUCAUGACUUGAGAUCAAGGCUUAGCAUCAUUCCUCAGGAUCCAACAAUGUUUGAGGGAACAGUUAGAGGAAAUCUUGACCCACUCGACCAAUAUCCUGACUCUGCAAUUUGGGAGGCUCUGGAUAAAUGUCAACUCAGAGAUGUCAUACGUCAAAAGGCAGAAAAGCUGGAAGCUACAGUGGUUGAAAAUGGAGAGAACUGGAGUGUAGGCCAAAGGCAGCUAUUCUGUCUUGGAAGAGCCUUAUUAAAGAAAAGCAGCAUUCUUGUUCUAGAUGAAGCAACAGCUUCGGUUGAUUCUGCAACUGAUGGAGUGAUACAGAAGAUCAUUACUCAUGAAUUUAAAGAUCGAACUGUUGUCACAAUAGCUCACAGAAUCCACACAGUAAUAGAUAGCGAUCUAGUAUUGGUCCUCAGUGAUGGAAGAAUAGCUGAGUAUGACACACCAACUAAGCUAUUGGAAAGAGAGAAUUCUUUCUUCUCAAAAUUAGUCAAGGAGUACUCCACGAGAUCUCAGAGUUUUAGCAGUUUAUCAAAGUUACAAGAUUGA